ACCCAUUUUUCAAUCUUUCCUCUCUAGUCCAAAAAACUCAACCGAAAACACUGAAAGGGAAAAACAAAAAGGGAAUUAGGGUUUAACAAAUCGCAAUGGAUUUCACGUCAGGGAAGAAUUCAUCAGAGAACAACAACAACAACAACAACAAUAACGCUGAAAACGCUUACCAAAUCGUUGAUUCUUCUUCUCAAUUUGGUUCUGAUUCCUACAAUGUCAAAGAAACCGAAGAGCGUCAAGCUCGUGAACUCAAAGCUGGUCUUCAUCCUCUCAAGACCAAGUUUGUAUUUUGGUACACUCGUCGGGUUCCUGGAAUUCGAAAUCAAUCAUAUGAGGACAACAUUAAGAAGAUUGUUGAAUUCAGUACGGUUGAAGGAUUUUGGGUCUGUUAUUGCCAUCUUACUCGUCCUUCUGCUUUGCCUAGUCCAACAGAUCUGCACCUUUUCAAAGAAGGAAUUCGUCCUUUAUGGGAGGACUCUGCUAACUGCAAUGGUGGAAAAUGGAUUAUACGAUUCAAAAAGGCUGUCUCAGGUCGUUUUUGGGAGGACCUGGUGCUUGCCUUGGUGGGUGACCAAUUGGAUUAUGGUGAUAACAUAUGUGGUGCGGUGCUAAGCAUCCGAUUCAACGAGGAUAUAGUGAGUGUCUGGAAUCGCAAUGCAUCUGAUAAUCAGGCUGUUAUGGCUUUGAGAGAUUCAAUUAAGCGUCACUUGAAGCUUCCUCACAGCUAUGUUAUGGAGUACAAGCCCCAUGAUGCUUCUCUGCGAGACAAUUCAUCUUACAGGAAUACUUGGUUGAGAGGCUAGAGAUACAUGUGUUUGUCCAAGUCCCCUCUGCUGAAGUUAUUGUAUACCAGCGCAGCUUCAUUCUUCCUUUUAAUCAUUGUCCGCAAUGUAAUGAUGGUGUUGGGUGUUUCAGGACUGGUUAUGACUUUUGAAUUAAAUUUACGACAACAUUUAAACUGUUUUAUAUAGUUUAAUUUCGAUACUCGUGGAUUUGCUCUAUAACUUAUGUUUUGUCUUAGUUGUUGUAAAUAGCGUAAUUCCUAUUGCUAUUCACCUUGCUGAAGGAAAAGUGCUACUUUUUUUAUCCA